UUGAAGGAUAUCAGCCUUUAGAGAAGUCUUAAGCAUGCUGCUGGUUUUGUUCUUCAUUAUUACCUUCCACCAAAUUUCUCUCACGCAGAGUGUGAAAGAUGCCGAUUGGCACAAAGAGUAUCAUACCCUUGAGGAGAUCAACCAGAAGCUACAGGAAAUUGACAACACAUACGAAAAUGCUUUCCUGUUUUCCAUCGGCAAGUCUUACCAAAACAGAGAUACAAAGGGAAUCAAAUUUACAGGUGCGUUUAAGGCAGACAAGCCUGUGAUAUAUAUCCAGUGCCUGGUGCAUGCCAGGGAAUGGGUGUCUGGGACGGUGUGCAUGUACAUUGCUGACAUGCUGGCACAAAGCUAUGGACAAGACCAAAAAGUUACAGAACUGUUAGAUAAAAUGGACUUUGUGAUUGUGCCGGUGAUAAAUCCUGAUGGAUAUGUUUACAGUUGGGCCACUAAGGUGACACGAUCAUGGCGCAAAAACCGUAUUCGUUUGGGUAUCCGUGGGUCAGAAAAAUGCAACUUUGGUGUGGAUCUAAACAGAAACUAUGGUUACAAAUGGGGUUGUUGCAUAGAUCAGUGGCAUGAUAACCGAUGCGAGGAUACAUGGAAAGGACGGUAUCCGUUCUCUCAAAGAGAGACCCAGAACGUCCGGAACUAUCUGACCGGUCUGGGUGGAACUUUGAAAGGUUUCAUCGACUUCCAAGCCUUCGGGGAGGACUGGUACUACCCGUGGCGGUACACAUUUGAGGACACCCCAGAUCAUCAAGAACAGCGUAGGGUUGCUGUGGAGGCGUCCAAGGCGAUAUAUAAGGUUAACAGAAGAAGAAGCUACACGGUCCAUUCUGCAGGAACCCCCGGUGGGACAGCACUGGCUGGUGGUACAAGCAUUGAUUGGGUGUAUGGACAUCUUGGUGUUUUAUACACUUACCAAGUCAACUUACCUCGUGGCGGCAGAGAUGGAUAUCAUCUCCAAAAAUCCAGUCUUUUGAGAAAUUCAAAGGAAGUAUUUGCGGGUCUCUCGGCAGCUGUCAAAGCAAUUAAAGUGUAAAGAGACGCUGGAAUAAGAAGCUGCAUGUUUUGUCUUUGAGGGAAGGAGACCAUAACGUGAGAAAUAUAUGGUCACAAAGUUAAAAAUUUACUGCAAAAGAAUAUCGUCAACCUGUUUUUGUGUCGGAUCGCGUAUCAUAGUAACACCACCCGACCCAAACCACUCUCACUCGUUCUUCUUCUCCUACCGGCGUAUCUUGCCAAUAAGUGAACGUCUGGACCGAGCUAAAAAACUGUCGAGUAUGAAAAAUUAGAGCACUGAGAAAAUAAUGAAAGCUCACCCCUCUAAGAUAAAACUGACUGCCUUUACGUGUC